CUCACACACGAGUCAGUCUGCACGUGUAAGCACAGGCCGCGGGGUGCGUGGAAUCAAGAUGCACAGAUGUGACUCACUGCUUCUGGCGUGGGUAGUCUUAUCGGCUGCAGUCAAUAUAUUACCUUCCAUGGUCCACGCUCUGAAAGAAUGUCACCCGUGCACGUGUUACCGACGACAAGGGGAGAUAACUGCUGAUUGUACAAACAGAAAACUCUCAUACAUUCCUGCAUAUCUCCCCCAGAACAUUACCAAGUUAGAGAUAUCAUGCAACGACAUAGCAGUUCUGAAUGAGACGAGCUUCAAAAGAUAUUCACAGCUACGCUAUCUUAACAUGUCCUUCAACAAACUGGAUGACUUGGAUAAGGAGACUUUACUUUAUCUUCCUGACCUGAUAAAUCUGGAUCUACACAGCAACCAUCUUCGGCUUGACGACCGAUCAUUUCCACCGGGAUUAUUCAGGAAACAGAAGAAGCUGCAGGUGUUACUGGCUCACAACACUUCCCGCGUCGGUGACCUGGAUAUGAAGUACCCGGAUGCAACUUUCUCUGAUCUAAUCUCACUGAAAGUACUUCGCCUUGACGGACUCGACCAUCUUGUAUUCGGUGAAGGAUUUAGGAAACUUACACUCCUGACGACAUUAGUGUUGAGCGGGUCGGGGGGAACAUGUACUACACAGACCCUUUCUAACACCACAUUUAUCAAUCUGCCCACUAUCAGAUUCCUUGAUCUCUCCAACUGUGAAAUCACGAAAAUACAACCUUUCACCUUUGUCCCUCUCCGAGAGAUCAACACACUGGAUCUGUCGUACAACGUUGAUCUGACUUUCGGAACUCUAUCCCACGGCAUGUAUGGCACAGUCAACUCCUCACUGAAGGUCCUCAAACUGAACAGAGUUCACAGAAGGCGUGGCGCUGGCAUUGUCGUCUCUGUCAAAGAUGUCCAGUUCCUGACGGGAAGCCAACUUCAGGAACUUCAUGUUGAUGAGAAUCAGAUCGAGCUUCUGGACCUGAGCACUAUAGCGAGCUUACCAUCAAGCAUCAAAGUCAUCUCAGCUAAAAACAAUAACUUCAUCUUUGGAUUAUAUAUGUUGGGUUUGUCGACGCUUGUUAACCUCACAUGGGCCGACGUUUCCUUUCAGCAUCAGUCCCAUGUUAACCCUUUCUCUGUGGAUGAGAAAAGAUAUCAGUCUACGUUAGUCACAAUGAUUCAAGAUGGUAGUUUUGAUCCGGACACAUACACCUGUACAGUUCUUGGUCAGUCGGCGAGUAAAGGACCUUGUGACGACGACAAGAGACAAAUCCAAGCACAGGCUGAAAAAGACCUCGACAUCAACUUGGACCUUCCUCUCAGCAUGAACAAUAAGCCAGAAGGAUUACCUCCCUUGGUGUUGACGUUUGCGACGGAAGAAAUUACACUUCAAAACGUUUCAAACUAUUCAGGGUGGCCAGGAAACUUUACCAUGUCUGUUCCGCCAAAUGGAGAAUUCCUGAACAUAAGCAAGAGCAAGAUGAACUACGUCAUUCCAAGAUCCCGAUUUGGACCUAAUAAACUGAAGGUGCUGGACAUGUCCUAUAAUUUCUUCACACGUUGGGAAGGUCCAAUACUAGGUCUCAAUGCAUUACAGUAUGUUGACCUGUCUCACAAUUAUUGUGAUUUUAUUGGAGAUAAUUUUUGCAAGAAUUUCCCUUCAUUGAGAGUUCUGAAUAUUAGUUCCAACUACCUUGGCUAUUCUCUCAAGGCCAGCAGUAUCAACGGUAUACCAACACUAGAAGUUCUCGACAUAUCCGACAACAAAAUCAAUCAUCUUCCUACAUAUAUGUUUAAGAAUAUGGCUCAGCUGGUUCACCUGAACCUAAGUUAUAACUUUCUGACCACAUGGGACGCCGACAUCAGACACAUGGGGAAUCUCACCCUGUUGGAUAUUUCACACAAUCUGUUUGAAGAAGUACCACCAACACUUCGUUCUGAACUUGACGCAGCAUCUGUCCAAGGCAUGACUCUGCUGCUGGAAGGGAACCCCCUGAAAUGCAACUGUGACACUCUGUCGUCUCUGAAGUGGAUGUCAAGUCAUCUCCAUAGUGACCAACACUAUACAUGUACUACAUCCGACAAGAAAUUGGUUGCGCUCAACACACACACAAUAACAGACAUGACUCUGAGACUUGACAAAUCCUGUGCGUCCUAUGUUGGUGUCAUGAUAGGAAGCCUCAGUGUCGUUAUGAUUGCCGUAUCGCUGGGCGUGUCUAGUCUGGUCUAUAGGUACCGCUGGAAGCUAAGGUAUCUGUAUUACCUGACCAGAAGCAAAUACAAUAGGCUGGUUCCUGAUGGCGAUGAAGGGUUUGAGUAUGAUGGCUUCAUCUCUUAUGCAGAUGAGGACCGACAGAUUGUCACCAGUGACAUGAGGCAGAGAUUGGAGGACACAGAAGGACUCAAACUCUGUAUUCACGACCGAGACUUCCUACCAGGCGAAGCCAUUGCUGCAAACAUCCUCGACGCCAUUAGAUCGAGCAGGAAGACGGUUGUAUUGUUGUCCAGGAACUUCCUCAGAAGCCCCUGGUGUAAGUACGAGUUGGAGAUGACCAAAAUUGAGAGUAUCUACACUGGACGGCAGACACUGGUGGUUGUCAUGCUUGAGGACAUCCCUGUGAAGGACCUACCUCAACAUAUUUGCGAGAUCAUCGCACACGAGUCCUAUAUUGAAUACACGAAUGAUGAGGAGGGGAAGGAGGUGUUCUGGCAGGGUCUCAAGCGUGCCAUGCUCAGUAAUGUGACCUGAUCUUUUACCAAAGUGGUAAACGUCAAACCCCCGCAUCUCCUCCCACAUGAAGUAGCAGUGGCGUUAACCCAACACACUCAACUUACUCACUGUAAAUAAGUGCACCCAGUUUGCUUCUUGUUAGACAGUUCUAGACAGGGACAUAUGGCAAGGAUUUGCUAAAUUAUGCUUCAGCAAAGACAAUAUGGUCUUCAUAUCAGACUGUCAAUAGUGAAAAAAGCCUUACUUUUGUCAAUUGUUGCUCGACAUGCAGUGAAAAUGUCAUUAAUCAGGGCGGUAACAUUCCCUGUGACAGCCUCCGGAUUCCGUGUCAGAUCGAUAUCAGUUUAUCCCUUUAUGCAUAUACGUUCCCAAGAGUGAUCGUCUUGAAGGAAGGGUUGUCGAACUUACUGUGUUUCACUGUAAAUUACAAAGUACAUCAUCACAUCAUCUUUGUAGACUGCAGAUCAUUGUAAUGAGUAGAUUUGUAAAUAUUGAUAUAAUAAAAACAUUUUUUGGUAGCUAUUUUCACGA